GUACCCCAGCCUACUUGUCUCAACUCUCAACCAUUAAUGGCUUCCCAACCCCUAGUAUCUCAUCAUCAGGCUUUGCUAGCGCUUAUGGUUCUGGCAGUGUUAGCCUCCAAAACUUUCGCUACGGUGUUCAUUGUGGGUGGCGAUCAAGGCUGGCGGGCACGCGUCGACUACGCCGUCUGGGCCGAGGGCAAGGUGUUCCGCGUCGGCGACAAGCUUGUUUUCAAGUACCCCAAGUGCUUCCACAACGUGGUGAAGGUGAACGAGUAUCAGUUCCAGAAGUGUAGCGCCCCAAGAGGGGUGAAGGCCCUAGCCACCGGGAACGACGUCGUCGAACUCAAGACUGUUGGGAGGAACUUCUACAUUUGCAGCGUGGGCAGGAACUGCGCCGAUGGCUGCCAGAAGCUUGUGAUUGAUGUGAAGCCACAUCAUGGAACAGCCGGCCAUUAGGCGGCAUUAAUAAGCUAAGCAAAGCUAAGCUAGCUAGCUAGUGCUUUUGUUAUGGCUGGUUGCCCGGUUGUUGAGUGUUGUUUGUGUGUUUCUCAGUGAAACAAAUAUGGGAAUGGCUUGUAAGUCUAUCGGUUAGGGAGAUCUCCAUCUAAGUCAAGGCUUUGUAGUGUCCAAG